GAGAUAGUCACCUAGUUUCCCUCUACCCUAAACACCGCCCCGGGGCGGCGGCGACCGUGGUAAUUGCAGCUGUUUGGGGCAGGGCUUGCCCCAGCGCCGAGUAGUGGCCACACGGAGGUUGUCGGGACUGCUGAGGAGCCGGUGGCUUGAGUUCGGCCGCUUCCUGGCAGGCACACUCUCCCUAAGGAAGCCGCGCUGCCGAAUCGGUGCGGGCAGCCUGAGCACCCCAGGGGCUUCUUCAGCGGAGGAGAGGUGGGGUUACAGGGCACAGGUGACAGGGCCCGAGAAAGAUGGAGCAGUCCGGGGCGGCGGCGUCGGGAGCGGGAGGCGGCGGCGAGGAGCCCGGCGGGGGCCGGAGCAACAAGCGGAGCAUGGGAAACCGGGCCUCCAACGAAGAGGAAACGAAAAACAAACCCAAAUUGAACAUUCAAAUAAAAACUUUGGCAGAUGAUGUGCGUGAUCGAAUUACAAGUUUUAGAAAAUCUACAGUCAAAAAAGAAAAACCUCUUAUUCAACAUCCUAUUGAUUCUCAAGUCGCGAUGAGUGAGUUUCCAGCAGCUCAGCCAUUAUAUGAUGAGCGAUCUUUGAAUUUGUCGGAAAAAGAAGUACUGGAUCUCUUUGAAAAAAUGAUGGAGGACAUGAACCUUAAUGAAGAAAAGAAAGCUCCUUUACGGAACAAAGAUUUUACCACCAAGCGCGAGAUGGUUGUCCAGUAUAUUUCUGCUACUGCAAAAUCUAUAGUUGGAAGUAAAGUUACGGGUGGGCUGAAAAACAGCAAACAUGAAUGUACCCUGUCUUCACAAGAAUAUGUUCAUGAAUUACGAUCUGGUAUUUCAGAUGAGAAACUUCUUAACUGCCUAGAAUCUCUGAGAGUUUCUUUAACGAGUAAUCCUGUCAGCUGGGUUAACAACUUUGGCCAUGAAGGUCUUGGACUGCUACUGGAUGUGCUGGAAAAGCUUCUGGACAAAAAACAGCAAGAAAAUAUUGACAAGAAGAAUCAAUAUAAACUAAUUCAGUGCCUCAAAGCAUUUAUGAAUAAUAAGUUUGGAUUGCAAAGAAUUCUAGGAGAUGAAAGAAGUCUUUUACUACUGGCAAGAGCAAUUGAUCCCAAACAACCCAACAUGAUGACUGAAAUAGUAAAAAUACUUUCUGCUAUUUGCAUUGUCGGAGAAGAGAACAUUCUGGAUAAACUUUUAGGAGCUAUAACUACUGCAGCAGAAAGAAAUAACAGGGAGCGAUUUUCACCAAUUGUGGAAGGAUUAGAAAAUCAUGAAGCCUUGCAAUUGCAGGUAGCCUGCAUGCAGUUUAUAAAUGCCCUUGUCACUUCUCCAUAUGAACUUGAUUUUCGAAUACAUUUGCGGAAUGAAUUUCUUCGUUCUGGACUAAAAACAAUGUUACCAGACCUAAAAGAAAAAGAGAAUGAUGAGCUUGAUAUUCAGUUGAAAGUAUUUGAUGAGAACAAAGAAGAUGACCUAAAUGAAUUGUCUCAUCGUCUGAAUGAUAUUCGAGCAGAAAUGGAUGAUAUGAAUGAAGUGUACCAUCUUCUUUAUAAUAUGUUGAAAGACACUGCUGCUGAAUCUUAUUUAUUAUCCAUUCUACAACAUUUUUUGCUUAUCAGAAAUGACUAUUAUAUCAGGCCACAGUAUUACAAGAUAAUUGAAGAAUGUGUUUCACAGAUAGUGCUGCACUGCAGUGGUAUGGACCCAGACUUCAAGUAUAGGCAAAGAUUAGACAUUGAUUUUACUCAUCUGAUAGAUUCUUGUGUGAACAAGGCAAAAGUUGAAGAAAGUGAACAGAAAGCAGUGGAAUUUUCAAAGAAGUUCGAUGAAGAAUUCACAGCUCGGCAGGAAGCUCAAGCUGAGCUUCAAAAAAGAGAAGAAAAAAUCAAAGAACUUGAAACAGAAAUCCAGCAACUCCGGACCCAGGGACAUGGAACCUCAGGGUCAGUAGGACCUCCAGGCCCUCCUCCACCACCUUCGAUGCCAGGUGUUGGGCCACCUCCGCCACCACCUCCGCCACCACCUCCCCUGCCUGGAGUUCCUCCACCUCCACCACCUCCAUUACAUGGAGCAGGACCAGUACCGCCACCCCCACCCCCACCACCUUUGUCUGGGGGGCCUCCUUUACCACCGCCCCUUGGAGGAGUUCCUUUACCCCCAGGAGCACCGCCUGAUCUUCCCUAUGGAAUGAAGCAGAAAAAACUAUAUAAACCUGAAGUGUCCAUGAAGAGAAUCAACUGGUCCAAGAUUGAACCAAAGGAAUUGUCUGAGAACUGUUUCUGGUUAAAAGUGAAAGAAGAAAAGUUUGAGAAUCCAGAUCUCUUUGCAAAACUGACACUGAAUUUUGCUACCCAGAUGAAAGUUCAAAAAACUGCAGAUACUUCAGAAGAAAAGAAGACUGUACCUGCAAAGAAGAAAGUAAAAGAAUUGAGAGUUUUGGAUCCCAAAACAGCUCAGAAUCUCUCUAUCUUCUUGGGAUCAUAUCGCAUGCCAUAUGAAGACAUAAAAAACAUCAUUUUGGAGGUUAAUGAGGACCUGCUAAGUGAGGCCUUAAUUCAAAACCUUAUAAAACAUCUUCCUGAGCAGAAGGUACUCAAUGAAUUGGCACAGUUUAAGAAUGAAUACGAUGACCUUUGUGAACCUGAGCAGUUUGGAGUUGUGAUGAGCUCAGUGAAAAUGUUACGGCCUCGUCUCAAUAGCAUUCUUUUCAAGCUCACGUUUGAAGAACACGUAAACAACAUCAAACCAAGCAUCAUAGCAGUAACUCUGGCUUGUGAAGAACUGAAGAAAAGUGAAAGCUUUAACCGACUUUUAGAGUUAGUUCUUUUGGUUGGAAACUACAUGAACUCAGGCUCAAGAAAUGCCCAGUCUUUGGGCUUUAAGAUCAACUUCCUUUGUAAGAUCAAAGAUACUAAAUCAGCAGAUCAAAAGACAACGCUUUUGCAUUUUAUUGCUGAAAUUUGUGAAGAAAAACACCGAGAUAUCCUGAAAUUUCCUGAAGAACUAGAACAUGUAGAAAGUGCAAGCAAAGUUUCAGCUCAAAUCCUCAAGAGCAACCUUGCAACCAUGGAACAGCAAAUUGUUCAUCUGGAACAUGACAUCAAGAAAUUCCCACAAGCAGAAAAUCAACACGAUAAGUUUGUGGAAAAGAUGACAAGCUUUACAAAGAGUGCCAGAGACCAAUAUGAAAAACUGUCCACCAUGCACAACAACAUGAUCAAGCUGUAUGAGAAUCUUGGAGAAUACUUCAUAUUUGACUCUAAGACAGUAAGCAUAGAAGAAUUUUUUGGUGAUCUCAGCAACUUCCGAACUCUGUUUCUGGAAGCCGUAAAAGAAAAUAAUAAGAGAAGAGAAAUGGAAGAGAAAACUAGGAGGGCAAAGCUUGCCAAAGAGAAAGCUGAACAGGAAAAGUUAGAACGUCAGAAGAAAAAGAAGCAACUCAUUGAUAUAAACAAAGAAGGUGAUGAAACUGGCGUGAUGGAUAAUCUCCUAGAAGCCCUACAGUCCGGUGCAGCCUUCCGAGACCGAAGAAAGCGGAUUCCACGGAAUCCAGAUAACAGACGAGUACCUUUAGAAAGGUCACGCUCACGCCACAAUGGAGCUAUCUCAUCUAAGUGAAUCCUAAUGCCAAAGAAUAUGAAAACAUUUAAACAAAAUCAUACACUUUUAGAAGAACAAAAUAUGCACUCAAGGGAUGGAAAUAAGUAUAUUUCUGCAAAGGUCAAGCUCAACUGGAUGAAGUAAUGUGCAUUUGUAAAACUGUUGCAAGAUUCCUCUCAAGAUUAUACUAAUCAGGAUAUGGUUGUCAAGAUUAUAAAAUGUUUGUUCCACUUUUGUGUAAAGAAGUGUAUUAUUUAUUGUUGUGUGUGACCUGAUUCUUAAGAUGCAAGUGUAAGAAACUGAGUGGGUUCUAAGGCUUUCAAACAUAUAAUCUGUAAAAAUUUGAUAUCUUAAAUUUCUAGGUCACUCCCAUGAAAACAAAAAAGAAGAUAAAGAGUAGACAGCAAGAAUUAUUCAGUAUCUGCUUCCAAACGUUAUUGUAUAUAAAAACAAAAGUGAAAGAAACAUGUGCUUGUCAAUGAUAUGGGAAUGUGCUACUAUUGCUUACAUUGCAAGAGAAGCCAUUUUGAAAAUUUUCUUAAGUACUAUUCCACUCCAGUCCAGAUAUAUAGAGUUUUAUCUCGAGUGAAAGCUGAUAGAUUUAUCUGCUUUGGCUGAUGUUACACUUAUCAUUAGUCCAGCAUUUCAGAAUGAUAUUGCAGACACUUCUCAUUGCUAAAAAUAAACCAAAGUUUAGCAGAAUCAGUUAGGGAAAAUGACUUAAAAUUUAUUUAAAGAGAUAUUUUCUAAUUAUGCAUAGAUAUCUACUUUAUACAAAUACUUUAUAUGGCUAUUUUUGAGAAAAAAAUCCCACAUUUUAAUGCAUAUGCUAAGAAUGGACCUGAGCACUCUAUUAUCUUUACAUCACUUUCAAAGGCAAAUACUAUUUCCUAUUCUGUGAUUUAUUUCUUCUCUGUGUUGCUUCUUUCUUCCUUGACCCUCUUGAAGGCAGGGACUAGAGUUCUACAAGACCCAAAAGAGCUUUUUUUCUGCAGGAGGCAGCAGAAAACUGUUGAAAAGGUCAAUUUUUUAUGUCCCUUCUUACUCCCUUUUCCAAUUGCAGUUUGGUGUUCUAAAGAAGAAAAGGAAAUCAUAUAUAGAUCCCAGCAACGAAGUGAGCUUCUUAAUCAUCAUCAUACUUACUUCUACAUUAACACAUUUAAAUGAUGCUUACCAAAUCUAGGAAGAAAAAUAAGCUAUUUAUAUUUUUCUUAAAUAGAUGAGAGAGUAAAAGUUAUACUUAACUUGUCUAUUACUUUAAAAUAUGCAUUGAAAUAAUUGGUAUAACUUCUCUGGAGUGCAAUUUCAAGACUAAUUCAUGCAGAUGAUUGUGAUUACUAUAAAAUAUUUCUUAUAUGUACAUUUCUUAGGUAUAAAGCAUAUUCCACUCCUCCAAAGCAUGUUAUUCAGAGCAAAGCAUUCAGAGCAUAGACACACAGGAUUGGCUUGGUACGUCGUCUUAUUGAAUAAAGUAAAUAAGGGUUAGCUAGUUCACAGAUUCCUUUAUAUAGAUGUACACUAAUUUCAACAGCUACCUUUUUUCCCAGUGAAUUAUUACUUGGUUAUUACAUUUCAAAUGUUCUGAGGAUGCUACAGUAGAGAAAUUUUAAAAAGUAACAACAUGUGAAAUUUCUAUUUUUCCUAUCUUAAAACAUGUACAUGUGCACACAAACAUAUUUAAGAACAUAUCCAUUUCACAUACUUUUUAGGAACAAUGAGAAAAAUGUAGGUCCUACUAAUUUGUGCAAAUAACUACUGUGUAUGUUUUUGACUUCAUAGUCUUUUCUAAAUUUUCAUGUUAUAUCUUUUUGAUAGCUUUUCAGUCUGUAGGAAAAUGGCUAUGAAAUAUAAAUCCUCACUGAAAUUUGGGGCAUUUUCCAUGCCAUAUUACUAAGCUGGUCAAGGUACAAAAACUGAUGUGUAUCACCUUUUCUAUAUGUGAACUUGCCUUGUUUUCUAGUUUGCAAGCAAGAAUGUAUGAAAAACUACAUUGCUACAUUAUAUAUUUGUUUUUAAAAUAAUCUCACAUGCCUUUCACACAUAUUAGAAACCCUUCCGUAAUCCAAUAAUUAAGUUAAAGGAUUUAUGUAUCAGAUUUAUGAUGGUGCUGUUCUAGCUACUUGGAAGUUUUGUUUUAUAUAGAAAUGCAUGACCAAAAAGGGUACAUAGUGACAUAUUUAGUACAGAAUGAAAUUAUACUAAACUCUUGUUUAUUACUGCCACACAUAAGCAGUACCAUUUUUGCAGAUUUUCUUUGAAAUGUUAAAAAAACACAAAGCCUUUAAAACUUUAACUAGUUGCAUUGAUUUCAUUUGGCUGCUAUAAUGACCUAAGCUUGGUGGCUUAAUGCAACUGCAAAUCUCUCACAGUUCUGGAGGUCAGCAGCUUGAAAUCUAGGUUCCACCAGGCAGGGCCCACUUCAGAUGCUCUAGUGGACAAUCAUUCCUCGCCUCUUCUAGCUUCUGGUGGCUGUUAUUCCUUAGCUUCUGUCCACAUUUCUCUGUGCUAAUCUUCACAACACCUUAUGUUUUGAGUACCUAAUCUCUCUCUGCCUCUCAUAUAAGAAUACUUAUGUUGACAUUGAGGGACCACCCAAUUAAUCUCAUCUCACAAUCUUAAACUUCGUUAGUUCUGUAAGACUCUUUCACAAUACAGUAAUAUUUACAGCUUCAAUGGAUUGUGUUGUUGACAAACCUCUGACCCUGCCCCUAAGUUUCAGUCUCUCCCAUGUGUGAACACAAUCACCCCAUCUUAAUAUUUCUAAGCUUCAACCUACUACAACAUCAACUCUUUUUGCUUUAUUUUUUGAGAAAGGAUCUUGCUGUGUAGUCAGGGCUGGCCUUAAAAUCACAGUGAUCCUCCUACCUCAGCCUUUUGAGUAUUGGAGUUAGACAUGACCAUCACAUCUGCCACAUCAACACUUAAAUCUAAUAUCCAAAUUUUAUCCAAAUAUCAUUUGGAAAUUCUCAAAUCCCAUCACCUAAGUUAAGCAUGAGUAAAAUUCUGGCUAUGAACCAUCCUAGGGCAAUAUUCCUUUCCAUGUGUGAACAAGUAUAGUAAAGCAAAUUUUUUUUUCUACAAGCAAUAGUGAAAUUGGCAUGGAAUAACUAGAGAAAUUUCUAUUCCAAAAGGAAGAGAGUGGAAACCAGAAAGAAGUCACAUGUCCCACUCAUUUUCAAGAAACAGCCAAACAAAUGCUCCUUAGGUUUCAGGGCCUGGCUAUAGUCUGCUGUGUUUUGGGGGUCCCAUCUUCUGGGUCUGUGUAGCUCUUCUCUCUUGGAUCAUGGAUUGGGCCCGUGCCUCUAUACUUGUGGCACAUACUUCCUCUGCUCUCAUGCUGAAGUAUUUGUCUUUGUACCUAUACCUGCGGCCUUGGAGUGAUCCUUCUUUUGCAGCCUAGUUGUUUUAUCAAUGUAUUUUCUGCCUAUAGAAUUGCAGUGGUCUUACAGUCUGCUUCUGUUUUGUCUGCUUUCUGUGUUUUUCAGGACAUGCUGGAGGUGUUUCUGCUGGUAUAACCUCAGAAACCUCAUGAGCCUCCCAUGUAAGUCAUGUUGAUUUCACACAGUUAGAAACAAAGAUCCUUACACAUCUGUCCAGGAUAAGCUCACCUCUGUCCGUGGUUUCUGCUGAGAUGGUUAAGUGAAUCCAUGAGUCAUUGCCUAAUCUCUUUAGCACUAGCCAAACAUUACCCAGCCACGGGGUAGGCCUUAUCUCCAGAGCAAUUUCCUAACAGUGAACAUCCUUAUCUUACUGUCUAUUACACUCUGGAUAGACUCAGAUUUUCCCAAAUCAUCAAGUAUUCAUUCUUUUUUUACUUAAUAAUUCAUUCUUCAGUUUAUCUCUCUCCUCUCUAUUUUACAAUAGCAAGAAGUAACCAGACAAUUCCUCCAACACUUUGCUUGCAAAUCUCCUUAAUUAAGUAUUCAAGUUCCUCGUUUAUAAGCUGUGUUUUUCACACAAAACUAUAGGGGUCAAUUCAGAUAAGCUUUUUGCCACUGUAUAACAAGGAUUGCCUUUUUGCAGUUUCCAAUAAAAUUUUCUGUAUUUCCUUCCAAGACCUCAUCAGAAAUGUCUUUACAUUCAUAUUUCUAUCAAAAGCCUUGUUGAAGACAUUCAUGAUUUUUUCUGUUGAGUGCAUCAAAAUUCUUCCAGCCUCCAUCCUUCAUCAAAUCCAUUGCCACAUUGUCAUUUUAGGGACUUAUUAUAGCAAUAUCCCACUUCCCAGUACCAAAAUCUGUAUCAGGUUCCUAUGGCUACUGUAACAAAUUAUCCCAGACGUAGUGGUUUAAAAUAAUAUAUUUAUAUCUCUAUAUCUACUCUUUAUUCUCUUACUGGUUUGGAUUCCAGAAAUCCAAAGUCAAGUUUGUGCCAUGGUUAUAUUUCUGGCUGCUCUAGGAGAAAAAUCCAUGCCUUCUAUCUCCUCUUGUUCGUGGCUGUCAUUGUUCCUUGGCUUCUGGCUGUAUCUCUGCAUGCUUCACUUCAUCUCUUCUGUGUAUCUAGCUUACCUCCACCUCUGUCUUAUAAGGACACUCAUGAUGGCAUUUAGGGCUCACAGACAUGGCCUGUCCAGACUCUGUGAAAAUCUCCUCACUUGGUGAUCCUUAGUUUAAUUACAUCUUCAAGGACCCCUUAAUCCAAAUAAGAUAAUUUCACAAGUUAGAAUAUGAGCAUAUCUUUUAUCGGUGGGUCACCAUCCAUCCACUACACUAGUUAUAUCACACAAAUGUACUUAACACUUUUUAAAAUGCAUCCUUGGUGCUCAAGCCAGAUUUAAGUUUGUCUCUAAGGCUGUUAUCUAUACAGGUUACUGCAUGCUUUGUUUUAAAUGGAUGAAAAAACUCUUCUAAAUUUUGAUCGAUACUUUUGCCACUACGGUGAGUUAGCCUGAAAAAAUCAGUGAUAUCAACUCUGUGCUGUAGUGUAUCUUUUCUGCCCUUUCUAUGGUUUAUCUGACCAAAUGUCUUCUGUGAUUUACAAUGUAGGCGCAAAACUACCUCUGAUACAGAAAAGUUCUUACAAGCUUAUUUAGAUAUUGUGAAUCCCUCAGCUGAAGGGAGAAGUGCAAGCAAAGACUUCAUUGAAUGGGUAUUGAGGGAGAUUGUGUCCAUACCAAGCCACUUUGCAGAAGUAUUUCAGAAGCAGUAAACAUUUAAAUUUACGUUCUCGUUUUGCCUGGGAAAAAACACUUGUCUCUAAGCAGGACCAAGAAUGACUUGCAACCUAUAUGUAAUGCCUAUUUACUUAUUCAAUAAA